AGAGAGAGAAAGGGAGGAACACCAUUUUUGCCGCCCCAGUCUCUCUCUGUAGGGUUUUCAGGACGGAAAAACUACUGCAAAGUCGGUCAGUCGUGCCGGAGUCGUCUGCUCGGCCAGUCGUUCGUCCAUUUAGAAAUUUAAUCAAAAAAUCCCUCAAAUCAAAAAGGAAAAAAAAAGAAUAAGGAAGAAAAAGAAGGAACAGUUUUCUUCGUUUGGUGUCGGCUGUUUCGGUGGGGUUUCUCGUCUGUGUGCGAGUGUGUUUUUAGUGUGUGGGCCGGCAGUCGAGAGAGAUUGAAAAUUUUUUUUUCUAACUUAACGUCUACUAGGAAAUAUAAUUGAUUGAAAAACUGCUUCAAACUCGAUCAAGGAAUACAUACAAAAUUGUGACUUGUGUGUGGGUGGUGCCUUUUUAACUCAUUUUUCGAUCCCCCUGCAAUUUCUUGGGGAGAAUAAAAAGUCGAAUAUCAUUAUUUUGUAUCGUCUGAAAUAAUAAUCCAGCGGUGAUUAUCUCAAAUCUUCAAUCAUGGCGGAGUACGGUCGUGCGGAUUCGUACCGGACGGCUACCACAGCCACCUUACCCGACGACUGCCUCCGAGCCGAUGGUGCUGCCAAGUAUCGGCGAAAGGAUGCGGCUCCUGGCAAGAAAGCCACCAAAAAGGGUGGCAAAGACAUGAACGAGUUGAAGCAGGAAUUGGACAUCGACGACCACAAGAUUCCCAUCGAGGAGCUCUACCAACGACUGAGCACCAAUCCCGAGACGGGCUUGACUACAGCGCAAGCUAAGGCCAUCUUUGAGCGCGACGGCCCCAAUGCUCUGACGCCGCCGAAAACGACGCCGGAAUGGGUGAAAUUCUGCAAGAACCUCUUUGGCGGAUUUUCCAUGCUUCUCUGGGUCGGAGCCAUCCUUUGCUUCGUCGCCUAUUCGAUCGAAGUCAGCACCGAAGAGGAUGUCCUCGGCGACAACUUGUACUUGGGCAUCGUGUUGACGGCCGUGGUGGUGGUGACGGGCGUCUUCUCUUACUACCAGGAGAGCAAGAGCAACAAGAUUAUGGAGUCGUUCAAGAACAUGGUGCCGCAGUACGCCGUCGUGGUGCGCGAGGGUCUCAAGCAGACGAUGAAGGCCGAGGAGAUUUGCAUCGGCGACAUUGUCGAAGUCAAAUUUGGCGACCGCAUUCCGGCCGACAUCCGCAUCAUCGAGGCCCGCAGCUUCAAGGUGGACAACUCGUCGCUGACAGGCGAGUCUGAACCGCAGAGCCGCAGCAGCGAAUUCACCAAUGAAAAUCCGCUCGAGACCAAGAACUUGGCUUUCUUCUCCACCAAUGCCGUUGAAGGUACCGCUCGCGCCAUCGUCAUCAGCAUCGGCGACAACACGGUGAUGGGUCGCAUCGCUGGUUUGACAUCCGGUUUGAGCUCUGGAGAGACGCCCAUCGCCCGUGAGAUUGCCCAUUUCAUCCACUUGAUUACGGGAGUGGCCGUCUUCCUCGGCGUCACUUUUUUCGUCAUCGCCCUCAUCCUUGGAUACCAGUGGCUGGACGCCGUCAUCUUUCUCAUCGGCAUCAUCGUGGCCAACGUGCCGGAAGGUCUCCUCGCCACCGUUACCGUCUGCUUGACGCUGACGGCCAAGCGCAUGGCCAGCAAGAACUGCCUGGUCAAGAACUUGGAAGCCGUCGAAACUCUUGGCUCGACGUCCACCAUCUGCUCAGACAAGACGGGCACUUUGACUCAGAACCGGAUGACCGUUGCCCACAUGUGGUUCGACGGGCAGAUUAUCGAAGCCGACACUACUGAAGAUCAAUCUGGUGCCCAGUACGACAAGACGAGCAGCGGCUGGAAGGCUCUCUCCCGCGUUGCUGGACUGUGCAGCCGCGCUGAAUUCAAGCCCGGCCAGGACAACAUUCCCAUUUUGAAACGCGAAGUCAACGGUGACGCCUCUGAAGCCGCUCUGCUCAAGUGCAUUGAGCUGGCCACUGGCGAGGCCAUGGCCAUCCGGGCUCGCAACAAAAAGGUGUGCGAAGUUCCGUUCAACUCGACCAACAAGUACCAGGUGUCGCUGCACGACAAUGAGGACAAGAACGACGGCCGUUACUUUUUGGCCAUGAAGGGAGCGCCCGAGCGCAUCCUGGACGUUUGCUCGACCAUCCUGCUCAACGGCGUUGAGAAGCCGCUGGACAACGAGAUGAGGGACGCUUUCAACACGGCCUACAUGGAGCUGGGCGGUCUCGGCGAGCGAGUCCUGGGCUUUUGCGACACUCUCCUGCCCCUGGACAAGUUCCCCAAGGGAUACGCUUUCAACGCUGACGAUCCCAACUUCCCGCUGACUGGACUCCGCUUCGUCGGACUCAUUUCCAUGAUUGAUCCGCCCCGCGCUGCCGUUCCCGACGCCGUCGCCAAGUGCCGUUCCGCCGGAAUUAAAGUCAUCAUGGUGACUGGUGACCACCCCAUCACUGCCAAAGCCAUCGCCAAAUCCGUCGGCAUUAUCUCUGAGGGUAACGAAACGGUCGAGGACAUGGCCCAGCGGCUCAACAUCCCCGUCGAGGAAGUGGACAAGCGUCUGGCUAAGGCGGCCGUCGUUCACGGCGGUGAGCUCCGAGACAUGGACAGCGACGAUUUGGACGACGUUCUACGCAACCACACUGAAAUUGUCUUUGCCCGCACGUCGCCCCAGCAGAAGCUCAUCAUCGUCGAGGGUUGCCAGCGGCUGGGCGCCAUCGUGGCCGUCACUGGUGACGGUGUCAACGAUUCGCCCGCUCUCAAGAAGGCCGACAUUGGUGUUGCUAUGGGUAUCGCCGGCUCUGACGUCUCGAAACAGGCGGCCGACAUGAUUUUGUUGGACGACAACUUUGCCUCGAUCGUGACGGGCGUCGAGGAGGGCCGUCUCAUCUUUGACAAUUUGAAGAAAUCCAUCGCCUACACGCUGACUUCCAACAUCCCCGAGAUCUCGCCCUUUUUGCUCUUCAUCUGCUGCGACAUCCCACUGCCGCUGGGCACCGUCACCAUCUUGUGCAUCGAUUUGGGUACCGACAUGGUCCCAGCUAUUUCCCUAGCCUACGAGGAGGCCGAAUCGGAUAUCAUGAAACGUCGGCCGAGAAAUCCAUUCACCGACAAACUGGUGAACGAAAGGCUGAUUUCCAUGGCCUACGGCCAAGUCGGCAUGAUCCAAGCAUCAGCUGGCUUCUUUGUCUACUUUGUCAUCAUGGCCGAAAACGGAUUCCGGCCCGACUUGCUCUUCGGCAUCCGCAAGAACUGGGACUCGCGUGCCGUCAAUGAUCUCCAGGACUCGUACGGACAAGAAUGGACUUACGACGCCCGUAAGCAAUUGGAAUACACCUGCCACACGGCCUUUUUCGUGUCGAUCGUCGUGGUGCAGUGGGCCGAUUUGAUUAUUUGCAAGACCCGACGCAACUCGAUCGUCCACCAGGGCAUGCGCAAUCACGUCCUCAACUUUGGCCUCCUGUUCGAGACGGCCAUGGCAGCCUUCCUUUCGUACACGCCCGGCAUGGACAAGGGUCUACGCAUGUACCCUUUGAAGAUCAAUUGGUGGCUGCCGGCCAUUCCUUUCUCGAUAUUGAUCUUCGUCUACGACGAGUGCCGUAAAUUCAUCCUGCGUCGCAAUCCAGGCGGAUGGGUCGAGCGAGAGACGUACUAUUAGAAAACGUCCGGAGAAGCCAAGCGACAAAAGGGGAAGAAAUGAGAAGAAAGAGCAGCAACACUCGACCGUCAUCAAGAGGCGAAGCUUACAGCGUUGCGACCUGCCAAUUCAUUUAAUUAGCGAAAAAUUGAAGGAUCCCUCCACCUCCCGCCACCCCACACACACCGCCCCCCUCCACACCGCCCUCUUUGAAUCUCUUAAAACGAAAGGGUAUUUUUUUCAUUUCAUUUCUCUUUUUUAAAUUAAAAGCUGAAAUUCGCUAUGACACAUUUUCACACACACACACACGGUGGGUUCAAACAAAAAAAGAAAACAAUAAGUUAAAUUUAACACCCACAUCGCAUUUUUUGACACAAUUGUCUCUCGCUGUCGGUCGGGACUCUAAUCGCAGUGCAAUUUUGGGACUGGACCGACUUGAUGGCGUUUGUCAUUUGUUUUUUCUCUCUUUCUCUCUCUGGCCCACCACCCACCUCCCUCCUGAAUCUCUGAAAUUCUUUUGCAGGUAGACAAUAACAAAGAAGUAAAAAACAAAAAAGAAAUGAAGAAACCAGA